AUGGACUAUACGGAGGUCGCUAGAUCUGCCGCCGAUAGACUGCAGGCGUACAGGACGGACCCGACUGGCUGGAAGCAAUGCAAGAAAACGGGUGAUGUAGCCGUGUAUUGGAGACCUUCAUCUGAGUUCACUGGUAACUUAUAUAAAGGUGAAGGUAUUGUGGCUGGAAAACCAGAACAUGUUUGGCAUUGUUUGAAACCAGAGCCUGGUGGAUUGAGAGUCAAAUGGGACAGCAAUGUGGAGGAUUUUCAACUUUUAGAAACCGUAACUGAGGAUAUUUCUAUCUGCAGAACUGUAACUCCAUCUGCAGCUAUGGGCAUUAUCGCACCCAGAGACUUUGUAGAUGUAGUACUGAUCAAGAGCUAUGAGGAUGGUUCUAUAGCUUCUAAUGCAACAAAUGUUGAACAUGAAAGCUGUCCUCCCCAGCGACACUUUGUUAGAGGCUUUAACCAUCAUUGUGGCUGCUUCUGUGUUCCUAUACCUGGAGAACCAGAGAAGACACAAGUUUUAAGCUUCUUCCAGACGGAUCUUAGUGGCUACCUUCCCAGAUCUGUGGUGGAGUCUUUUUUUCCAUACAGCAUGACUCAGUUUUACAGCAAUCUCACAAAAGCUGUUAAAGCAUUACAUGUAUGACACAUUGCUCUUACUAUUA